AUGACCAUGGCAGCUCGAUUCCUCUCCCGACGCUCCACCUCCACCCUCAAAUCCCUCGCCAACACACCCGCCGCGAUCCCCGCCGUCGCCGCAACGGCAGGCACCACAGUCACCUCGACCGUUAGGCCAAGCCGAGCCCAUGCGGAGGACGCGCUUCCGCUCGCUCCCCCGCCUCUCACCCCCUCCGCCACUCGCAUCCCGCGCGUGGCAUCCCCAGCCAAUCGCCCCCUCUCCGGAAUCUCCGCCGCCUUUCGCUCUCAGCCUCCCACCGCCUACCUCCCGUCGUUGGCCCCGUCCGCUCUCUCUCCUUCCUCUCCUUCCCCAACUUAUGCCUCCGCAUCCGCCUCUUCCCCGUCUCCUGCCCAAUCCGCCGCUAACCGUCCGCCAUCAAUCCCCCGCUCCGCUCACUCUCCCCGUCCCUCCCCCUCACCUUCCGCCUCCCGCGCUCCCAUCCCCGUACCCUCGGCCUUCUCCCCCUCCCACCGUCGCCCCUUCCACUCCGCCUCCUCUCACCUCUCCACCUCCCCGCGCAACGCGCUCCCCGCCUUCUCCAGCGCCGUCGCCGCGGCAGGAUCCACCGCCUCCGGCGGCUCCCCGGCCGCCGGCAGCGGCGGCGGCGGCGCUUCGUCGGGCUCACCUCCCGCCGCGUCAAGCGGCGGCGGCUCGGCGCGCGGGUUCACAUCGUCGGCUUCGUGGUGGGGGGGCGGGCAGGGGGAAGAGGAGGAAGGGAUGGGGCUAGCGGGGGACGACGAUCACGACUCCGCGGUCGCCGCCGCCGCCGCUAGCGCCGACAGCGCCAAGUACGCGCGCGAGCAGGCUCCCGCGUGGCUCCCCCUGGUGCCCGGCGCGGGGUACUGGUACCCGCCCGUCGAUCCCGUGACGGGGAAACCGCGGUGGGAAGGGAAGGCGCGGCGCGGGAGCGAGAUGUGGAUGGCGUCGGUGGCGCUGCAGGGGGAGCGGCUUCCGCUGGACGAGCACGUGGAGAUGCAGGCGGUGCGGCUGCUGUGGCAGCUGAGCGUGGGCGACGGGCGCGUGGACGGCAAGAGCAACCUGGAGCGCACCCUCGCGCUCGUUGCGCCCGCUGGCCACCCGGACCUCCUGUACUCGACGCUGGGCUAUGCAGUGGACUGGGAUGUGCAGGGAGCAUACAAUAGCGUUGGUAGGGAGGCAUACGAGGAGGCACACGAGGAGCCUGCUAUGGAGGCGGAGAGGCAGGCGGGUCCACAGGAGCACGAGAUAGCUGACCCCUCUCUUCCCACGCCUCACACCAUCCACGCCCCCUCUGCCCCUGUCGCAACGGACGAGGACCCCAUCUCCGGCCCAUCAGCGCCAGCACCGCUCUUGGCACACACCAAGCGCACGUAUCAGCCCAGCACCAUUCGCCGCAAGCGCAAGCACGGCUUCCUCUCCCGGUGCGUGCUGCGUCCAGUGCGCUCCUUGAACGUGCUCGCUUUUGCCCACCUCCCACCACCUCCUCUUCCCCUCUAUCCCUCGUACGCAGCAAGAAGAGCCGUGGCGGUCGCAAGGUGUUGGCUCGCCGCAUAG